AAAAAACUAGACUUGUGAAAAUUUUCACAUCAAAUUUAAUUUAAAUAGUUCUUUACUAAAUUAUUAUGUCCGACAACAAGGAUGCGACUAAAAAGGAGGUUGAUCCGGAACUGGACGAUUUACUCGACAGCGCUCUCCAAGACAUGACGAAGAAGCCGCCUGCAGCCGGAGAGGCACAGGAGCCGGUGUGGAGCGAGGAGUUCAUUAAGGAGGCUGCGGCGCAGUUCGAGAGCAAUAUGGCCGCUCUGCUUGGCAGCUUCAGUGCUGGCAGUGGUGUGCCGGGUGAACAGCAAGAAAUCAGCCAGGAGCAGAUAGCACAGACAUUCUCGAAAAUGGCCGAGGCGGCGGCCGCCGUGCUGAAGCCGGCGGGCGCGGCCGCGGACGGCGGGGAAGCCCCCGCGGCCGAUCCAGCUAAAAUAGACGAGGUGUCAGCAGCUAUAUCCCAGACCCUUCAGAACCUGAGCUCGAACUCCGAAGGUCUACAGACGCCUUUCAGCGACCAGGACCUUGCCAAUAUGUUUGGAAACUUCAACCUUGGAGAAAACCAGGAAGGCAACAUGUUCCUCCCCUUCAUGCAAGGCAUGAUGCAGUCCCUCCUCUCUAAGGAGGUCCUCUACCCCUCCUUGAAGGAGUUGGUGGACAAGUACCCCGCCUGGCUCGAGGAGAACAAGGGGAAAGUGCCCCAGGAUGACUACGACAGGUACUGCCGGCAGCAGGAGCUGAUGCAGCAGGUCUGCGCUGAGCUCGAACCGGAGCAGGAGACAGACCCUGAAGAUGUCAAGAGGAAGCGGUUCGAAGUGGUGUUGGAACUGAUGCAGAAGAUGCAAGACUUAGGCCAGCCUCCCACAGAGUUAGUAGGUGACAUGGCCGUGCCGCCGCAAGGGCUCGCCGCACCCGACAAUUCUCAGUGCAGCGUCAUGUAGUGACAUGACAUGACAGGUGACAUGAUGAGUUGAUGACAGAUUGAUGACGAGAGAUACGGUAUACUGCCAACUUCCGCAUUUGGGCAUUUUCACUUAACUGUGCACCUUUAACGGCCGGUUAGCAAUUGUUACAAAACUGACGGUCAAUGUCAAAUCCCAUACAUUUUGUCAGGAAUGUAACGGUUAGACGUUACUGAAACACGACUUAAGUCGCGCUUUAAAGUACAAGUUAAAUGAAAAUGCCCAUUUAUAUUAUUUAAUUAAUUACGUCACACAAAAUUUCGAUUUUUUAGACACCCUCCCCCUCCCUCCCCCCUUGUCACACUCUUUCAUAGGAAAAAGAUAGGUAAGAUAAAGAUAAAGAUAAAAAAUAGUUUAUUCAAGUAGGCAUAUUACAAUGCGCUUAUGAACGUCAAAUAAAGCUAUACCGGCUCCAACCGUACGCCUCUGCCUCGAGAAGAUUUAAAUCCCCCCUCAAUUGGAGGAGGGUAUCCCAAUACGGGACCGGCAACAAACUCGGCGGGACACAUCUUUUCAAAACAUUAUGACAUCUUAUAAUUAACAUGCAUUACGAGUAAAUAAGAAAAAUACAAUUUAAAUUACUAUAUAAUUCAUGCAAUUAUACUCAGUUAGUAUAUAACUUUAUAUAAAUAUGAUAAAAAAAAAACAUAUAUGUACAUGAAAUCAUACAAAUACGGUCUUUAAUACGUACUGUCACACUUGGCAUAUGGGUCUAUAUCAACAAUUUCUUGUUGUUAUUCUGUCCCAUCAGCCAGGAGACAAUAGUAGCAUAGUUUGUUAGAAGAGCUGCUGUACCAUGUUCUACAAACGUGCUUAGUAGAUGUCCCAUUAUGGAAAGGCCUUAUAACUACCAAAAAAUUACAGGUUUGGUUCAUUUAAAUACGAAAAAACUAGUAUUUUAAGAGUGACCCAGGAGACCGUAACCAUGGCAACUAGUGACAAGAAAACGUCGAUUCACCUUAUUAAUAAAAAUUGUCCGCACUUAUCCCAACGUACCUUUUUGAAAUGUACGCGUUGGCAGUAUACCGAUCGUAUUGUUCGUAUGUAAAAAAGUAUAUAAUAUAAUAUAUUAUAUUUAUUAUACUUUUAGUAAACUAAUGUAGAUUAUGUAGAAGCCAUAUUGUUAUAGAAGUAAACUGUGUGACUAUAAAUUAUGACAUUUGACAUACUUUUUUUAAUAUGUUAUUAGCUCGAGGGACUACAGUAUGUACAAGUUUUUGAAGGGUCGGCAACGCGCAUGUAACACCUUAAGAGUUGCCGGCGUCCAUGAGCUACGGUGACCGCUUACCAGCAAGCCGUAUGCUUAUUUGCCACCGAUUUUGUAUAAAAGAAACACUGCGUCCAUAUGCUACUGUGUUCUCUUAUAUUAAUGUUAAAAAUAUCAGAUUGUCAUAAUUUGUAUGUAUUCAGUAUCACAACUAUUGGUGCUUAGUGAGUAUGUUGAGCUGUGUUUAUACCCCGAUCAACGAGGACCGAUACCUUUACAAUAUUAUUACCGUUUAGCAUUUUCUUCUAAUAGUUUCAGUUUAAAGUAGCAGCAAGAACUGGACAACAUUUGGUUAUUAACGCCUCCCUAGACUAGUUAGUAGUGACCCUGCCAGGCGUGGCUCACUCCGUGAUUUCGUCGCUUUGCAACAGGUAGCUACAAGUACAUCCGUCCCACACCAAUUUUGGUGGCUAACCAUAAGCCGCGCGUGGCGCUGUCGCCACCUAGCGGCCAUAUCUGGCCUGAUCGUAACAGACGCGCUUUGUUAGAGAGUGAGUCUUCUGUACCUAGUACUAUUAUUUAUCCUGUGACCCUGCCUACAAAGCUGGGGGUACUGGGUUAGAAUCCCGGCAAGGGCAUUUAUUUCCAUGUUUAUCACGAUAUUGGUUCUGAGUUAUUGAUUUUUUAUUUGUAUUCAAGUACUUAUAUUUGUAUAAUCUCUAUGCCAUCGUCUUUUAGUGCCCACAACACAACAUAAGUGUUAUUAAAACUUACUGCGAGACUAGAUUGAUUUUAAUGUAAAAUUGCACAGUCAAGUUAAAAAUAUGGGUUCACAAAUCAUACUCAAAAAUAUGUCCCAUGCUCAUUUGCAUAGACAUUUUUUUGAGUAAGUUGUCUACACCCAUAUUUUUACAGUGGACUGUACUUUAAUAGGUUAUUAUUUCAUUUUGUUUAUUUUGACUUCUCAUCCAAGAGUUUUGCUUAGCGCUGAGUAUUUUAUAAAAGUUUUGUAACUUACUUUCUGAAAAUGAAAAGAAAUCAGUUUAAAAUUGAUCUCUUCGGGUGACCUCGUUGAUCGGAUUACACAUUGAGACUAAAAUGUAUGAAGCGGUUUAAACGGUGUGUGUUUUAUAGCAUUUCUAUAAAGUGAGGCGUUGACUGGUGUAACUAUGCAUGUGUAUUUGUUAUUGAAAAUUAUACUCUGUAUCUUUAGGUAUAAAAGUAAACAAAAUCUGGCUUAAGGAGCCAUUUGAGGGUAGAUUUUCGGGUACUUAUAACAUUUAUUGGUUAACCAACCAAAUACAAAACCGCCUGGAUCAGUCACUGAACGACCCGACUUUAACCUACAUUAUUUGAUCAUGUAAUGUUUUCAUCUACCCUCAACUGGCUUAAGGAGCCAUUUGAGGGUAGAUUUUGUUUACUUUUAUUUAAAUACCUAAAGAUACAGAGUAUAGGACUAGGUCGAUUUGUGUAAGAUUGUCCUAUACCUAACCAUUAAACUUUUGUGACGUUCCAGGAGAAAUGGUACCUUAUGGCGUCUGGCGCUUACGUCGCAUAGCACCGCAAUAAUAGUGGAGCGGGUUAAUAAUAGCGUAAGCGCCAACCGCCUUAAGGUUAUUUUAAUUUAAACGCUUGACCAACUAUAGUUGCACCGGAAUAUCAGUCAAUUUUAAAUUGUAAUAAAUAUAAUUCGUUAAUUUAAUUUGUUUUUAACGAAUUUUUAUAAAACCCUUAUUUUAUUGUAUUGGUGGUAGUAUUUUUAUGGUUGAAAUUGCUUUUGACAUUUAAUUUUUAGUGCCAAAGACUAAAGAAUAAUGCUUACAUAAAUAACUUCACAUCACAAUAUUCUGUAGUAAAAAUCCAAAAUAUGAUAAUGUAUAAAAUAAGGACGCUUAGCACAAAGAAUGUCGUACAUUGACCCUCAUCCUAUCUCUAUCGCACGCGCGUAUUAAUACUAUAUACUGUCCCGCCCAUGAUGGCGGCGGUCUAUGACACUGUGCAAGUGCCCCAAUAUAAUUAUGCGCGUGCGAUACCUAUACUCUGUAUCUUUAGGUAUUUAAAUAAAAGUAAACAAAUAAUUUGUAUAUUUUCGGAUAGUUAUAACACUUAUUGGUUAACCAACCAAAUACAAAACCGCCUGGAUCUGUCACUAAAUGACCUGACUUUAACCUACGUUAUUUGAUCGUGUAAUGUUUUCAUCUACCCUCAACUGGCUUAAGGAGCCAUUUGAGGGUAGAUUUUGUUUACUUUUAUUUAAAUACCGAAAGAGACAGAGUAUACAGAUAGGAACAGGGUCAAUGUACGAUAUUCUAUGUGCUUAGGGUCCCUGCUUUACAUAUUUAAGCCCGUGACUGUCACAUCGCUAUUAAAAUGUACACAUCACUGUGUAUCAAAAGAUACAGAAACUCAAAAAUACCUGAACGUGAUCGAACGCCUUAUUCGUGUUUAGAUGUUUUUGGAUGUCCAGUCGCACAGAUAUAUUCGGUGACUGUAAGGCAGGUAUGGACGACGUGGUCAAAACAUGUAAAUUAAAUAAAUCUUAUAAUAAUUUUAUGUUUAAAAAAAAUUACCUAACUGGGCCAUUUUAUUUUAAGUUGUCCCCUACACUUUUUUUUUCAAAAUUGGGAUUUUUUAUGUUAUUUCUACUCAGAAUCACGAGCUUUUUCUAUCCUAAUAGGAAAAAAUAAGUGUCCCAAGGUUUUUUUCCAUUCCGUUGCCAUUUUUUCAUAGACUUUGUAUGGCGGUUUCGGAAUGGAAAGAUCGAAAAUGUAUGAAAAUCUUAGGACACUUUUAUUCUCCUAUUAGGAUCAAAAGAGCUCAUGAUUUUGAGUAGAAAUAACAUAAAAAAUCCCAAUUUUGAAAAAAAGUGCAGGGGACAACUUUAAAUAAAAUGGCCCAACUAAUCAGGAAACUUAUAAUUAUGUAACAUAAUGAAUACUUGCAGUGAUUAUUUCAGAUUGAAUAUUAGCAAUGUCGCUGGUUGUCCUUAAAACAUGUUGAAUUUGCCUCCAGUAUAAGAGUAUUCGAAUUGAAACUCGAACUGUUCAAAAAAUAAAGGUGUUGUCGAUUUAUACUAUUAUUGACAUUUGUGACGUUUUUAAGUAAAAGGUAACUAUUUGUUAAGUAUAAGGCGCUUAUAUUAUAAAAAUGGCACUAGAAAUCAUUCUUAUUGGCUAUGUGCGCGACAGUGGCGCCCGCCAAGCUGCGAUGUGACAUAGUUAUUAGAUAGUUGACAAAUGUAAAAUAGCUGUGCGAUAGUUCUUAUUUUUGCCACUUGGAGCGCUAUCAACACAUUUAUUUUAUUAGUUUUAUUACACUUGGGGCUAGGGAAUGCAAAUCGGUUAUUUUUGGUUAUUUUUUGUAUGGAAAUUAUCGGUUAUUAACCGAAACCGCGGUUAUUUCCAUACAAAAAAUAACCGAUUUGCAUUCCCUACUUGGGGCAGCGUUGGCCGAAAGUUAAUGCAAAUUGAAAAUGCUGGCCAUUAACCAUUAUAAAUUGAAUCGUAAACUGUAAUCGUCCGCUACGGUUUAAGGUUCGAUUUAUAAUGGUUAAUGGCCAACAUUUUCAAUUCGCAUUAACUUUCGGCCAACACUGACUUGGGGCAUAACUAAUAUAUAUUCUGGUACCUUUUGAAUGAAAAUGUCACAAAUAUUGUAUAUUGUUUGUUUGUGAAGAUAAAGGAUUUGCAGUCCGUAAUUAAUUUUAUUUAUGCACAUAUUGUAUAGUUGCGUUAUUUAAAUUAUAAUUACAUUUGUUUAGUUGA